AUGCUAGAAGUCUAUCAAUCUGGUCUGAAGGAUUUCCUCAACUUCUUCUUCUUGGCUUGGCGGCUGGAUUUCCUGCCAAAGUCCAAAUGGAGCCUUCUGAACUUCAUCAGACUCUCGAUUUAUCCGAGCUACACGGCUUUCGGGGUCGGUUGUGAAGUGUGGCAUCUUAUCGGUCAGAUGGAAGAUUACAGUGACUUGAUUCACGUGGCUUUCGCCACAACAAUCGCCAUUGGCUUCUCUCAAACCCUCAUGAUUUACGCUCUGAUCAAUGUUCACAACAAGGAUCGAAUUAUCGCCAUUUUUGACUACUUUGAGCAACUUCUGGCGUCAAAGGACAAUCUAAUUUCCGAGAUCAGGACCAAAUUCUACGAGAAGAAUAUGAAAAUCGCUCAUUAUUGUGCAAGAUAUUUUCUCUCUGGCACUUUCAUUUGCUGGAUUGGAAUCGUAUCCUUUUGCAUGUAUUUGUCAGGAUAUUCCUCUCCGAUGCUCUUCACAAUACCAGGACUUCCGAGAGAAAAUUUCUUCUUCUAUCCAGUCAACAUUGUUUAUCAAGCUUCUCUCUUUUUCAUUGGUUUUGAGUUGUUAAUGUCUUCAGACGUUAUUAUCAUGAUCAUAAUUGUCUUGUUUCAGUCAGAACAAGAGUCAAUUGCGAACCUUAUUUCCAGUCUGGAGAACAGAGAAAUUGCCAAGAAGCAAGGCGAUGAAAUUCUCAGGAAAGUCUUCGACAUUCACUUGAGUUUGUCUGAACAGGCGAAGGAAAUGACGCAAUCUUUCUGGUACAUUUACAUCAUGAAGCUCCUGCUCAUCAUGAUGUACCUUUGCAGUAUGUUUCUAACUUUCCAAGACAUCAGUGAAGUUCCAAUUGCUGGAAUUCUCAGCAUUCUCGUGAUGACGGGCGAAACUUGUAUUUUGUGCUACUUCGGCGAAAUGUUGAAGACAAGUUCUGAUUUUAUGCUGGAAUCAAUGUACAUGACGAAAUGGUACGAAAUGAACCUGAAGAACCAGAAGACAAUGCUUAUCAUGAUGACGAGAUUCUUCCUUCCCAUGAAAGUGGAAACUUUCGGCUUUGGAACGAUUUCGCUCUACACUUUUGUUCAGUCCUCAAGUGACUCUUUUACCUACAGCAUGACUUACUGUAGUUUGAAAAUGUUUAUUUGGCAUAAGAUUAUUCAUCUUCUUGUUCUGUUCUCUCUUGCGAAAAAAGAAAUUUCUAAGUGUUCGCAAUAUUGA